CCUCUCUAUCUAACACUCACCCCCUUCUCUGUUUCUUUCACUCACUCUCUCACACUCAUAUUAAACACAUAACAGGCCACAGCGGGUCUCUCCCUCCGUUAUCUUCGGGGUUAACAAAAAAAGAGAAAAACACACACAAAAAAACUGUAAAAAAGCUAAGGGCAUGGCCGAGCUCUGAUCCUUUAUUUUGCCCCUUUUUUUCUAAAAAAAAAAAUUGCUUUCUUUUUAAAACACGUCUUGGAUUUUGAGGGAUUUCUCUAAAAUUUCGCUGGUCUCCUCAUAUUUACAAGAACUGAGAAGAAAAAGAAACAUCAACCAGGCCUAUAAAUAAAUAAAUAAAUGAAUGAAUAAGAUAAAAUAAAAAUCCCAUGAAAACUAACCUUACUCAACAUCUGGAAAACAAAACGAAGGGGCUAAAAAAGGAUCUCGAUAACAAUCCGCAAAUGAGAUAAUCAUUGGAAAGAAGAAAAAGAAAAAGAAAAGUCGAUGGUAAAAAAGAAGAAAAAAUAAAGAAGGGGGGGAAGUAGAAAAGAACAAAAUUGAGCCAUUAAGAAGUUUUUGAAUGACAUCGAAUUUCUAGUUGAAUUGAUUGAAGCAAGACUGAGAAUAGUUCGGUGUAAUAGUUGUGAGGCUUUACAUAAAAUUAAACAUAUCUUUGGUAAAAGAAAAAAAAAACAAAAGACAUUCGUUAUGGUAGUUAAAUUAUUAUUGAUACUUAAUUGAAAGUAUUUAAAAAAAAAACUAUCUUUAUACUGAAAGUAAAUAUUUUACAGUUUCAAAGCUUCACAGAACAUAAAUAAUUCAAAAGUGUAGGAAGUCUGUGCAGAAAGUAAACAUUUUGAAGUGUUUGGUUUUACAACAAAACGUAAACAUUUUUGUAGAUUGCAGUUCUACGAAGUGUGAACAUUUCAUUUCACAACUGCUUUUCAUAUACAUUUUCUGAGUGCUGUACAGAAUUCAGGACUUGUCAACAAUAACUAUUUCAUGCCUGUAGUUUUAUACAGAAAAGAAACAUUUCUCGAUUGUAAGCUAAAUCUGAAAUAAGCACUUUGACUAAUUUAUCGAAAAUAGUCUCUACUCAAGCUUACACAAAAAAUACAGCAAAAAAAAAAAAUAAAUAAAGGGCUCUGCAUAAUUGUCAUUUUUCCUUCUUUGAAAAGUAAGCAUUUUUGUGGCUGAAAGUUUUACAUAGCAAAUAAACAAUUCACGACUGUGGCUUUUAUAUAUAUAUAUAUAUAUAUAUAUAUAGAAAGUAAACAUUUUUAUGCGCUGGAAAUAAACAUUUCAUAAGUGUGUGUUAAUUACAGGAAACGAAGCAUUUCGCAACUGUGUCCAUAAUCAAGAGAGAAAUAGAAAGAGAGAGAGAGAAAGAAAAAGAAACGAGGUGAUUACAUUCGUGUCACAAUAGCGCAAGUUGACAUCAAGUAAAAUUUUCUCUUGUAAAUUCUACAGCAAAAGUGUGUGUGUCAGAGAAGAAGACAUUUUCAUAAAUUUAUAUUGGUGUAUAUAUAUAUAUAUAUAACUAUAUAUACAUGAGACAAAAAGUUAUUAAAGAAAAGCACAACUUUUCUUCACCCCCUUCAAUCAAAUUGUGGCUUGUGUAAUACUCCGAAGAUAAAAAUCAUCACACUUUACAAACAGUUUAAAAGGAAAACUUAUUAAGAAAAGAUGCAAAAAGAAAACCCUUCUCAAAAAAAAAAACUUAUUGGAUCAAACCUUUAAUAUUGUUGCAGGAAUAUUGUUUUGAAAUUUAAAUAGGAAUUGAGUUUACCACCUGGAAGAAAUAUUUAGUGGAAAAAAUACGUGAUAAAUAAACAAACAAAGGAGGAAACCAUUUGAGGGCGAGAAACUUCACUUACGAAUAUUUUGCUUUGAAACCAAACUUGAACUACCACCACUGCCACAUCUUUAAUCAAGCAUUUACACUUGUGUACACACAGAAACAUAGUCUCUGAUCUAUCUUAACCUUAGCUUUUCUCUGUCUCUUCUUUGAUUCUUACCCCAGUGUUGCAUUUUCAUCCACAUCCCCAAUCUUUUACCCUACCACCCACAAAAACGGGUGGUGGGGACCAGGGAUAAUUUCUAAAUUAACUGUAUAUAUAUAUAUCUAUAUAUACACACAUAUAUAUAUAUUUAUAGAUAUAUAUAUAUUUUCUUGCUUAUUGGGUGAAACAUGAAAUCCUUUAAAGACAAGGACCCUACUUAAGUCUUCCCUUCCCCUAUCCCUUUGGGGAAAAAAAAGCCCAGGAAAAAGAGGUAAAGGAAAGGUAAAACUAAUAAAGCACACACACAUAUAACAUAUGCAUGCAUAUUCACAUGCGUACAUAUAUGCAUGCCACAUGUUCUCAAAUGGGACUGGAUGAAAUGCUUGGUUUUAAGUUGCACCGAGUUACACCUUAAAAUUUUGCAGUACCUUACAUAUACGUGCAUAAACUUACACAUACACACACAAAGGUAUUUUAUAUACACAUUACUCUUUCUAUUAGCAAACUGUGCUUGUCCGUGUAAAAAGAAGGGAGGUGGUCGUUUACAUCAAGGGCACUGUGGUGCCAGGGGUGGUUGUGGGGGUGGUGAUAAUAGCUAAUUGUUACAGUAAUAUUAGUUGUAGUUAGUAGUAGUAAUAAUAACAGCAAGUGGUAGUCUCUUAGGUUUAUAUUUUUUUUGCUUUUUUAAAAUUUUUUUUUUUUAGAAUUUUUUAAAGAAUUAAAAAAAAUUAAAUUUUAAACUAUUCUGUGAAUUUUAGGUGUACACACACACACACACAUAUAUAUGUUUACUAUGGGAGCAAUAGUGGUUUUUCUUUGAAAUUUUUAAAAACUAGUACGAAAAGGGUGUCUUUUCUUUUAAUUUUUUUUUCCUUUUCUGUGACCCUUCCUGAUUGAUUUCUUAACACACCCCUCGUUCCUCCGGGUCAUCUCAUUUUCCCACUAUAGUUGGUUCUUUUUCAUCCACACAAAACACUUACAACCAAAUUCACAGCAACAACAACAACUGUACCAGCAGCAACAGCGCCGCCAGUUGUUCUUAUGAAACGUACACACGAGCGCCGCCCACUUCUCUUGACUUUUUCCGAUCAUCACCGCAAAAUGUUGCAGGAGAUCCGUGAUAAUUUGAGUCACUUACAGAAGAACAAUCUUAGCAACGACAUCUCGCUGGACUUGUACGAGAAGGGCGUCGGCAGUGGCGUUGGCGGCAGUGGCGGUGAUGGUGGUGGUAGCAGCAGUGGUGGUGGUGGUGGUGUCGGCGUUGUGAUCAGCAGUGGGAAUGGCGGUGGAGGUGGUUUUGGCAUUGUCAGUAGCAACGGCAUUGUUGUCAAGAGCAGCAGCAGCAACAACAACAACGUCAAUGGCGGUGGCGGUGUUGGCGGAACCAAUUACUUCGUCAACAGCAGCAAUGCCAUUGUCACCUGCAGCAGCACAGUGUGCAGCGAUGGCGUUGGCGGCAAUUGCAACAGUGUUGCAAACCAUGUUAGCAACAACAGCAAUACUUGCAACAUUAGUGGUGGCAACAGCAACAACAACAACAACAACAAUCCUAUGAUCAUCACUGCUACUUCGAAUGCCAACAACACUAACGCCGCCACCAGUAAUAGCAGCGGCGGCAGCAGUAAUAGCGGUGGCAACAAAACUAUUACGCGGACGGAUUAUCACCAAAAGGCACUUGCAGAGAUUCGGAAGAGUUUGAAACCGUAUGCAAAUAGUGAUUCUGCUACAGUUAUCGUGCAGUAUGGUGUUGAUGUUGACACGAGUGGCUUACAGGGCGGAAAGACUGGACAAAUUACCACAAACAUUACAGUUGGAUAUGAUGACGACCAAAUGUCAUCAAGAUUACUUGGACUUCCAGCAGGAAAAGACAACAUGAACCGUUUAGUUCCUGCAGAGGGGAAAUGUAUUCCAACCAAAUCAAUAGGUUUUCCCACCUACAAAGUUCACAGGAAGUCCAGCUUCGAGGAGAAAUACUCUCCAAGUGGUACCGGAUCAGAGAACAGCAGUGUCCGGUCAGACAGUCCAGGGCUUGGCCCUAUGCAGAACAAGCUCUAUCCGCUGCCCAACAUUGUACGUGCGGCUAUCGGACAGACAAGCACCAGGCAGCAGCAACAACAACAACAACAACAACAGCAGCAACAGCAGCAGCAGCAACAUCAGUUGAAUGGUCAUCACACACCGCCCCCACCGCUCCCUCCGCGCUGCAGCAACAACAACGGGAUCCCGACGGCCAUCGUGUCGCCAAACCCCCCCAGGGGCCAGACGCCGCCCCCUCCCCCGCCCCCUUCCUCCGUACGCAUCAAAAUUCUUGUCCCCAACUCGCUGCAAAUCGACAUCAAGAACCAAGGUGCAAACCCCCUUUACUCGCAGAACCCAACAGCACCCAGCUUCCAUCUGGACUUCUACCAGCGGCCCCCGUCUGACACCACUUCAUCCACCCCCCGUUCAGAUUCCCCCGUCUCUCGUGCCACAAACCAAUCACCGAUGUCGAUACAGUCAACAACGUCAGUGCAGUCUACAACCUCCACGCCUUCCAGUGGUUCAGAUAUACCUUCGAAACCACCCCCUCCUUACCCUGGCAGAAUUCUGAACAUAACACAGUCAUCAUCUCCCCCCAUUCCGACCCAAACUUCCUCGAAACUGCUGGCCCCUUGUCCAGUGAAACCUAUUCCUAUUCAGCAAGCGCCACCAAAUGUGGCCCCUAGUGAUAAUUUCGGGUCGUCGUCAGUGAAUACACAAGUGACACAGACAUCCAUGUAUGAACGGCCAUCGCUGUCGAACCGACGUAGUAGCAUGGAGAACAACCAGAAAGAGGAAUGGUGUGCUGUGGAACCGACGCAUACCGAAUCAGCCGAGGAGAAAGAGGAGAAGCACCGAUGCACAUCGCCAAUUCCUGAAUGGAAGUCGGAGUACAGGUCGCCAGACCAAGAACGUGUACGCAACUACUCUCCGCAAGCGUACAAAUUCUUCAUGGAACAGCAUGUGGAGAAUGUAAUGAAGUCCACCACGCAACGCAUGUGGCGACGAAUGCAGCUGGAGAAUGAAAUGAACAAGGUCGGGCUUUCUUUGAACGCACAACAGCAGAUGCGGAAGAUCCUGCACCAGAAGGAGUCAAACUACAUUCGCUUGAAGCGAGCCAAACUUGAAAAGCACAUGUUCGAGAAGCUCACCACCUUGGGUAUUGGCGCAUUUGGGGAGGUGGCUUUGGUUCGCAAGAAAGACAUGGGCCAACUGUAUGCAAUGAAGACGCUGCGGAAAGCUGAUGUUCUACAACGCAACCAGGUGGCGCAUGUGAAAGCUGAGAGGGAUAUUUUAGCAGAGGCGGAUAACGAAUGGGUGGUAAAACUAUAUUACUCUUUUCAAGAUAAAGACUAUUUGUACUUUGUGAUGGAUUACGUACCGGGAGGAGAUCUAAUGGGACUUUUGAUUAAAUAUGAAAUUUUUGAAGAAGACCUAGCUCAGUUUUACAUUGCAGAACUGGUUCUGGCUAUCGAAAGUGUUCACAAAAUGGGGUUUAUCCACAGAGACAUCAAACCAGACAACAUAUUAAUUGAUAGGGAAGGUCACAUAAAACUAACAGACUUUGGGUUGAGUACAGGAUUUCGAUGGACACAUAAUUCUAAAUAUUAUCAGAAAGAUGGCUGUCACCCUCGUCAAGGUUCGAUGGACGUUGUGUUGAAGGAGGAGUCGUGUUGCUGUGAUCAACUGAAGCCAUUGGAGGUGAAGUACCAGGAACAGCGGCAGCGAUGUCUGGCCCACUCUCUCGUAGGCACGCCCAACUACAUUGCGCCUGAGGUCUUGAUCCGAUCAGGCUACACAAUGUGCUGUGAUUGGUGGAGUGUUGGCGUCAUCUUGUACGAGAUGUUGGUCGGGCAACCCCCUUUCUAUGCUGCAAAUCCUGCUGAAACUCAAUAUAAGGUUAUCAACUGGCACGAACAUCUUCAUGUACCCUUCAAGAAGCUCUCGUCGGCCUCCACUGAUCUCAUGCUCUCUCUCCUAACCGAUCCCAGCCAGCGGCUCGGCCGGAACGGUGCCGACGAGAUCAAGCAUCAUGCCUUCUUCGACGGCCUCUCAUUCAACGGACUGCGACAGCAGCCAGCUCCGUACGCCCCAACCAUCUUGUACCCCACCGACACAUCGAACUUCGAUCCUGUCGACCUUGACAAGCUGCAGAAAGACAACAACGAUGGCCACCACAGCCAGCUGCCUCCGGAGCAUGGGUUCUUCGAGUUCACGUUCCGGCGCUUCUUCGAUGAUGGCGGUCACCCGUAUCCUGAUAGGAGCACAGUGUUUGUCUGAGGAGGCCAAAAAAAAGAAAUGCAAAACAAAAAAAAAAAAAG